AUGUUUUCAUAGAACCUGUCUAAUUUUGAAUAAACACAUGAGGUUAUGUAAUAGAUUGAUUAAUAAUUGAAUGAUUAUUUACAAUCAAGGGGAAUUGUAAAUAACAAUAACUCAGAUCGAUAAACCAAUUAUGAUAAAUUAAUUUAAUAGACUCAAUAAAGAAAUUAAUCUCUAUAAGAAUCUAAUAAUUAAAUAAAGAAACAAAUCUAAUAGAUUCAACAAUAGAUGCAAAAUAUAAAGCUUGAUUUUUAGGAAAGAUUAAAUCAAAAAUUAUAAUUAUAACAAAUUGAAUUGUCAUCCUAAUUUGAGUAGAAAGUACAAUCAUUUGGAGAGAAAGCAAGAAUAAAGUUGAUGAACACUAUUUAAUAGGAAGAUUAAUGUUUAUAAUAGUUCAAUAAUCUAGUAAAUGAGAAGGCAUAAUUGUAACAGUAAUUAGAAAACAAAUAAUAGUAAAAUGAGUAAAUUCAAUAGGAGAAGAUUGAACUAGAAGCUUCUUAUCAAAAUUUACUAUCAAUGCAUAAUUAAUUAUUGCAGAUUGAUAUGUCUUAGAAUGAAUUAUCAUAAAGCAGAACCAAUGUGUUAGGAUUAUUAAAUAAUUAUAAAUAAGAAUUGGAAUAAUUGAAAUAAGCAAAUGAGAAAAUAUAAAAAUAAAUGGGUGGAGAAUUGGAUACGUUGAAAAUAGAAUUAUAAAAAUAAAAAUAGGAAAAUGAUGUUCUAAUGUAAAAAAUACAAUCUUAAAGUUAAGAAUAAAUAGAAUGUGAUAAUUUAUUUAAUCAAAUAAUGUAAUAGAAAGCAAAAGAUGAAUAAAUUAAAAAAAAAAAGAUUAAAUGUAAAUAAUAAAAUACUAAAUAACAAAAAGCAAAAAUUGAUUAAAUAGAAAAAGAGCUCAAAAGAUUACAAGAAAUUGUAAAUACAAAAAUUCAAUAAAAAAAACAAAAAUAAUAAUUAUAAUAAUGA